AUCGGGAUCAAAAGUCGAAAAAAUAACCCGGAAGUGAACAGGUGUCGCACUGUGACGUCAAGCUUUCACGUACAGGCCAGUGUCAAUCCAAGGAUGUGAGUGUAAAUGCAUGAAUGACAGCUCUUUUAUCUUUAUAUUUGCCGAAUUAUCGAUUUUUGGGAAAUCCUCUGAUUGUUAUAUUCACCAAUUGUAAAAGACGUUUUCCGGGUUCUCCAAGAUGAAGGGAAAAGCUACGUUUAUUGUGACUGUCGUGUUCAUAGUUUCAAGCUGUUUGGUGCUAGAAAGUAUCUCAGAACCGAUCAAAGAUGUGUCGGAGAGCUCUAAAGAACACGAUUCUAAAAAGAAUGAGGAGAGCUCAGAUGAGGGGUCUAUUAUCCACACACUGAGGAAGAGGAAGGGGAAUCUCGGAUUUCUUCAUGCCUUCAUUGCCUCCCUCUCCGUCAUCAUUGUAUCUGAGCUCGGGGAUAAGACAUUCUUCAUCGCGGCCAUCAUGGCAAUGAGACAUUCACGUCUGACAGUAUUCUCUGGAGCUUUGGGUGCUCUAGGAUUAAUGACAGUUCUUUCUGCUCUUCUGGGAUAUGCUACCACCAUUAUACCAAAAAAAGUGACUUACUAUGCUUCAACGAUCCUGUUUGCUGUGUUUGGAAUGAAAAUGAUAAAAGAAGGUUAUGAGAUGUCCCCUGAUGAAGGACAAGAAGAGUAUGAAGAAGUUCAAGCUGAUCUUAAGAAAAGAGAGGAAGAGUUAGAGAAGCAGAACACUCCAGUAGAGGACAUAGAAACAGGCAUUAUACGGACGCCAGGCCGUCGCUGGUUCCAAGGAAUUCUGGGAACCAUAUUUUUACAGGCAUUUACGCUGACAUUUUUAGCAGAAUGGGGAGAUAGAUCUCAAAUAACAACCAUUGUUUUAGCAGCUAGAGAGGAUGUUAUGGGGGUAAUCAUUGGGGGUACUCUGGGUCAUGCCAUCUGUACGGGCAUCGCAGUAUUAGGAGGGAGGAUCGUAGCUCAAAAAAUUUCUGUCAGAACAGUGACAUUAAUAGGAGGAGUGGUCUUUCUUGUUUUUGCAUUGUCCGCGUUCUUUGUGCCGGUACAUGACUUGUGAUGAACGUUCAGACUUCUGUGUUACUAACCAGACACUUCAUACUCACUAACGGCAGUAGAAAACACUGAUGUUACUAACAUAUACAAACUACUGGCCAAUCAACCAUAGGGGAUUUGGCCAAGAUAAAUAAAUAGUGUGUUUCCUAUUCCAUCCUGAGAAAAAAUAGGGUAGGUAGGUAGGGGAAAACAUUUUAUUUUAUUUUAGUAUUUAAUUGGGAAGCACGCUACCAUUUUUCCCCUGGGAAAUCGCUGUCAAACAUUUUUGAUUAAUGUGUAUAGAAUAUGCAUUUUUUGAAACACAGAAGUUAUGGAGAUUAGGAUUUCUAAUAGUGAAACUGGAAUAAUUUACUCCUGGAAAGAUAUCUGCAGAUAAUCUUUUUUAGGGUUUGCUCAUAUAUUUUAGGGUCAGUCGGGGAACCGGAAACACACUAUAUUUAUCUAGGUCUUAAUUCCCAAUUUUAUCCCUCUGCAGUGCAGUAAAUGUGUUCUAUGUUCACGGCAUACUCUUGCCAUUGGCAAACUGUAUUUCAUUGAGCACCAUCAAAUGUCUCAAUCUGUCCACUGACUUUUAUCAAAAGUUUAACUGGGAUUUUCAAAUGUAAACACAAUGAGAAGUAGGUUUUGUUUUGAGUUAAUGGACGAUUUUCUUCUUAUUUUAAGAUGAGGUAUAAAUUUUAUUUGACUUCCUACAGAUCUAUCAGAAUUAUGUUUAAAUUUUAUUGAUAAGAGUCACACAUAUUUUAGACAAUUGAUGCUGUAUUUAUUUUAACAGAAUUUAACAUUUAAAUCGUGAGAUUGUCUUGUGCUCAGUUCAUUUUGUGGAAGCAUUUAAACAUUGUACAUGUGUAUUUUGUUAUAUGAGAGAUGCAAUGAUGUUUGAUAUUUAUUGUGUGUACAUUAGAUUCUGACUCAUUUAUUUCUGUUGUUUACGUGUAUUUAUGUAUUACAGAAUGACAGUUUGUGUGUAAAUGAUAUGAUUCUUAUCGAGAGACUAUUUUAUUGUAAGGUAGCUUAGUGUGGUAUCAAGCAUACAUGUAAUCCGUUCUCAUCAAAUAAUGCCCUGUGACUGUUUUGUAAUGUGACUAUUGUUCGCGGUAUAGAAUAAGGACCUAAGUAUCAGUACUUUUUAUCUGUCUUAGGCUGUGCCAGCAUCCUGUCCUACUUAUUUUAAUUUUCUCCUAAAUGUGCCACAUUUUAUCUGCUUGGUCUCUCAAUGGAGACAAUUUAUGUACAAUGCCAGAAUCAUCUGUAAAUAUAAUACCCGGUACAUUCCAUUAUCGUGUGUUUUGAUAACAAAGCUUGAUGUCAAUACAAAACUUCUCAGUGAUA